CGCCCCCCACCUCGUCGUCGUCUUCCUCCUCGCCUUGCUCUCCUUCUACUCCCUCUGUUCCUCGCGUCGCCGUCGCGUCACGUUACAGCCGCAGGGCACGCGGCCCCAACGAGAAGAGUGGUAGCGGGAAGCGGCGGCGGGGAGGGAUGAUCUCGCAGUUCUUCGUCCUGUCGCAGCGCGGCGACCACAUCGUCUUCCGCGACUAUCGCGGCGAGGUUCCCAAGGGCAGCGCUGAGAUCUUCUUCCGGAAGGUGAAGUUCUGGAACGAUGACGAGGCAGAGGAGGCGCCCCCAGUCUUCAAUGUUGACGGGGUUAACUAUAUUCACGUCAAGGUCGCCGGACUAUUUUUUGUAGUAACUACAAUGGUCAAUGUUUCUCCAUCCCUUCUCUUGGAACUUUUGCAAAGGAUUGCACGUGUUACAAAAGAUUAUCUUGGUGUUCUGAAUGAAGAUUCAUUGCGGAAGAAUUUUAUUUUGGUGUAUGAAUUGCUCGAUGAAGUCAUUGACUUUGGAUACCCACAAACAACCUCUACUGAGGUUCUGAAGUCAUACAUAUUCAAUGAACCUAUCAUGGUUGAUGCUGGACGACUACCACCACUUGGUCCUGCUGCUAUGUUCAUGCAAGGCACAAAGCGUAUGCCUGGAACUGCUGUUACAAAAUCUGUUGUUGCUAAUGAGCCUGGGGGGAAGAAGAGGGAGGAAAUUUUUGUUGACAUAAUUGAGAGAAUAAGUGUGACAUUCAGCUCUAGUGGCUAUAUACUUACAUCUGAGAUUGAUGGAACAAUUCAAAUGAAAAGUUACCUCACUGGAAAUCCAGAAAUUCGUCUUGCUCUCAAUGAGGAUUUGAGCAUUGGAAGAACUGGAUCUUCGUCAUAUGAUUACAGAAGUUCUUCUGGAGGAGCAGUCAUUCUCGAUGAUUGUAACUUCCAUGAGUCAGUACAUCUGGACAGCUUUGACAUUGACAGAACUUUGACUUUAAUACCACCUGAUGGAGAAUUUGCUGUAAUGAACUACCGGAUGACCCAAGAAUUUAAGCCGCCGUUCCGUGUAACAGCACUAAUUGAAGAAGCUGGACCAUCGAGGGCUGAAGUUCUACUGAAGAUACGAGCAGACUUCUCUGCAAAUGUCACAGCUAACACAAUCACAGUACAAAUGCCAGUGCCCUCGUACACAAUGAGAGCAAGUUUUGAGUUGGAAGCUGGAGCAGUUGGGCAAACAACAGAUUUUAAGGAAGGAUCCAGGAGACUUGAGUGGAACCUAAAGAAGAUUGUUGGGGGUUCUGAGCACACCCUUCGUGCAAAGCUGACAUUUUCCCAGGAAUCACAUGGAAAUAUCACAAAGGAAGCUGGUCCAGUGAACAUGAAUUUCACUAUACCUAUGUACAAUGCAUCGAAGUUGCAGGUCAGGUAUCUUCAGAUAGCGAAGAAAUCAAAGACAUACAAUCCAUACAGAUGGGUGCGAUAUGUAACACAAGCUAACUCCUACGUAGCUCGUCUAUGAGGAACUCGUGUUUGUACACUUGUUUCUGGUCCAUUUUUUGGUGUAUUAUUUGAGGUUUAUCUUGGACAGAGUGGCAUGUAUCUGUAACUUUAUAGUGGAACAAAUAUCACUCUGCUCCUGUAGUCGAAUACAUUGUAGGUUCACAACUUUUCCCUCGUACAAUGUGCAGAAGAUUCGUGAUCACGUUUUAAUGCUACAAAAUGAAUGAAGUUCUUGUUCAUGCCUUCAUGGCA